UAAAAACCACCGGAAUGGUUCACAGGUUCGGUUCGUAAAAAGAUGAGGCCCAAGUAAAACCCGAUCCAUUUGACCCAUAGGUUCGAUGGAUCGAACCGAACAAGCCCACCCCUGCAGCGGUCUCUCUCCCUCGCGAACUGUCUCGUCUUCCUCGUGCGCCGCCGCCCACUAGACGCCCCUGAUCUGCUGCCAGCGCAGAGCUCCUCCGCCACCCGUGCACAGCCGGCUACGCACAACUCCUGAUCCGUCGGCGUGCCGCCUCCCACGUACCGCCCCUCUGCUGACCGCGCAUGGGUCCGCCGCCGCCCGCGUAGAGCCCCUCCGUUGACGGCUGCGCAGAGCUCCUCCAACGGCCGUGCGCCACCCAUCCGGGCUGUUCCAUCUCCCGCGUGCCACCCCUCUGACCCGUUUCCAUCUCCCGCGCAUCCCACGGAUCUCCUGCCGGUGAGGUUCCUCCCCGCCUCCGCCAAUCUCCCUACGGUGGUUCCGCCUCGCCUUCCGCCCGAAUCCCUCCGCCGACGAGCAGGGGCAGCUCUCAGGAUCAGCGAGACCCAUCCAUGGUGUUCCUACUAAUUGAAGAAUUUCUUGCUCUCUGCUUGGUGAAAAUUGGUAGAAAUUUUGGCUCUUUGGCUUAUCCAUGAAUGGUAUUCCUGCUGGUAGGAGUAUUUGGCAGCAUGAUGUUGGAGUGGUUCGAACCUCGGUAACCAUUGGAGCACGUGGUUCAGUCAAGAACAACCAAUGGAUUAUCCGUUUGUACCUGCAUGCGAUUUUGGUUCGCUAGGUUCGGGUAUUGAACCUGAAGGUUCGAACCACGUCCACCCCUAGCCGAAGGGAAUGCACCAUGUAGCAAUUGUUGGCUGUUCAGAUCCAAUUCUUCCAGCUGAUCACUCAGCAGUUAGCCAACAACAAUGCCAACCACCCAGAACCCCAACAACAACCAGCAACACCACCCUCCACAAGUGGAUAUGCUGAUCAGGUUCCUGCGUUUGCAUCCACCUACUUUCUCCAGCUCACAAGAGCCAAUAGUGGCGGACGACUGGCUCCCCUCUAUUAACAAGAACUUGGUGACCAUCAAUUGCACCGAGGAGGAGAAAGUGAGAUUCACAGCUCAUCUGCUUGAAGGACCAACUGCACCUUGGUGGGAGAAUUACCAGAUCACCACCCUCAUUGAGCAUGUCACCUGGGAUAUGUUCCAAGAAACUUUCCGCACCGCCCAUAUCUCAGCGAGGGUGCUUAAUUUGAAGAAGAGUUUCUGCGGUUCAGACAAGGAAGCCGCACUGUGGUCGAGUUUAUCGACCAAUUCAACAGUCUCGCCCGCUAUGCACCGGACGAGGUGAACACUGACGCCAAGCGCCGAGAGAGAUUCUUGGAUGCGCUGAACGGUGAACUCUCUGUUCAGUUGGCUGUUGCAUACACCCCCACCUACCAAUCGCUAAUCGACAAGGCGAUUGUGCUGGAGAACAAGCUCCACCAGAUGGAGAGCCGCAAGAGAAGACUCCACAAGGGAAGCUCUCAUGUGGGGCCACAUCAAAAGCCGUGCACCACCCAAGACGGCAGUGGCAGUUCGGCUGUGCACAGGGCCGGGGGCCACAAUGACAAGCGCAGCGGAGGGUAUGGCCACCAGAACCGCCAUGCCGGGAACAGCAAGCACCAGCACCAGCACCGGCAGUAUCAGCACCAGCAGCAACAGCGCCCGAGGAACCACAACGGGAAUGGUAACCACAAUGGAGGUGGGAACCAGAAUGGAAAUGGAAAGGGGCACAACAACGGCAAUGGCACAGGACAGAACCCCAACCCUGGCAGGGACAUGAGCCAGGUAGAGUGCUUCAAGUGCCACAAGAUGGGGCACUACUCAACCGAUUGCCCAGAGAGAUUUGGAGGGAAUGUGGUUAAACCAAACCCAUUCCAGAAGGGCAACGUGAACCACAUCGACAUGGAAGAGAUCACCGAGGAGCAGUUUACUCGGAGAGCGAACCUUGUGACUGUGACGAGUGCUUGAUUACCAACUGCUACCA